AAUUAUAAUAUAAUAUUAACGGGGCUGUCAUUUAAAGAGCACAUGUAAAUAUAUUUUACAUAAACCCGUCAUAUUUUAUUUCCUCAGUCGCAAAAUCUUUACGUAAUUCAUUCAAAUGUAUCGGUCGCGUUGUUUUGACGUCACAAUAACGUCGCCAUAACAGUCACACUCGCCAUUUUCAAGCAUUAGCACACCGCGCUCUACAAAGAGAUUGGGGUGAUUUUUUUCGACUCGGUUUUGAAUUCCAGUGCUAAAAAUGCAAGGAAACAGGGGCUUCCACCAUAAUCAUGGAGCAAACCGCCACUCUGGGCAGGGCGACCAGGGUGGAAAUACUAACGGCCAGGAACCUAGCGAUACUACCCGCCCCAACGAGGCCUUAACUCUGGACCUGCAAAGCUUCAGGAAGCCCGGCGAGAAAACCUUCACCCAGCGUAGCAGGCUUUUUGUGGGAAACCUACCUACCGGAGUCACAGAGGAGGACAUUGAAAAGAUGUUUUCAAAGUACGGGAAGGCUUCCGAGAUCUUUGUCAACAAAGAAAGGGGCUUCGGCUUCAUCCGCCUGGAGACCAGGAUCAUCGCAGAGAUAGCCAGAGCUGAGCUGGAUGACACCCUCUUCAGAGGUAGACCCAUUCGGAUUAGGUUUGCAACACACGGCGCUGCUCUGUCUGUCAAAAAUCUCCCGGAGUUUGUGUCCAAUGAGCUCCUGGAGGAGGCCUUCUCGGUCUUUGGUCAGAUUGAGCGAGCUGUGAUCAUCGUGGAUGACAGAGGGAGGCCCACGGGGAAGGGAAUAGUAGAGUUCACCUCCAAGCCAGCUGCAAGAAAGGCUUUGGAUAAAUGUCAAGAUGGCGCAUAUUUACUGACUGCCUUCCCUCGGCCUUUAACUGUGGAACCCAUGGAGCAGUUAGAUGAUGAGGAGGGUCUGACAGAGAAGCUCAUCAACAAAAACCAGCAGUACCACAAAGAGCGUGAGCAGCCUCCUCGAUUUGCUCAGCCGGGAACCUUUGAGUACGAGUACGCCAUGCGCUGGAAAGCCCUAAUGGAGAUGGAGAAGCAGCAGUAUGAAAUGGUCGAUCGCAACAUGAAGGAGGCCCAGGAGAAGCUGGAGGCGGAGAUGGAGGCAGCUCGACAUGAGCAUCAGGUGAUGCUGAUGAGACAAGAUUUGCUGAGGCGCCAGGAGGAGCUGCGCAGGAUGGAGGAGCUCCACAGCCAAGAGGUGCAGAAGAGGAAGCAAGCUGAGCUCCGGCAGGAGGAAGAGCGCCGGCGGCGGGAGGAGGAAAUGAGGAUGCGCAAUGAAGAGAUGAUGAAGCGGCAGCAGGAGGGCUUCAGAGGCAACUUCCCAGAGAACAGAGAGCAAGACAUGAGGAUGCACAUGGGCUCUUCUGGCAUGGCUGGCGAUAACGCUGCCCUCAUGGCGGGCCCAGGAAACACUAACAUGCCAGGAGGCCAGGGCGGCUUCCCCAGAGGCCACCCUGGACCUGGAGACUAUGUACCGAACAAGCAGCGCAGAUUUUAAAUCACAUCCUUUUUCCAAUUUGCAUACUCAACUUUAGUUACCACACAUCAAGAGUUACUUUUGUUUAAAAAGUGUCAUGUUACUUUAUUUUUCAUUGUGUUGUGCUUUUGAUGUUUUUAGAAACCAUUUUCCAAACUUGACAUUUGUGCCAUGAGUUACUUUCUUACUUUUUUCAUGGGUAGAAAAUGACUCAUUGUCUUGCAGAAUUUUCUGUAAUAAAUUCCCUAAAGAAAGGAUCUCACUUGAGACUCAAGGUUUCUCUUUCUUGUAGGAAAGAAAAUAGAUCAAAUGUAUUAGAUUGAACCCAGUCAGCUGGGUUAGUACAGUAUUACUAAUGCAUUGGUUUCACUGAGACACAGAUGAAUCAUUUACAGUUCCAGGGUGGCACAAAGUGUUGGCGAUAUGAGACUAAAACUAACAAUGUACGUUGUAGAUUGUCAUAGUCAUUCAAGGGAAUUACCAGGUGUGAACUGGUAAAAGAUAUAUAUUUUCUGUGUGAUUAGAGAUUACACCCACCAUUGAAUACCACAUUAUGAGGCAUCAAAGCAGGAAACAUCAAAUAAUGACUGCUAUUCCCUAAAGUGUGCCAAUGGGAAUCUGAGUCAUGUUCAAGUGAGGUGUCUUUAAAAAGAAAUGUAUGCUUUUUAUUGGACAGCGAUAUUCUGGGAUAUGAAAUCCAUCCAUCCAUUUUCUUCCGCAAUGCUUCCUUUGAUCAAAUAGUCAGCUAGCUGCAGAGCCUGUUGAUGAAGAUGGCCAACAGAAAGAUAAAAGUAAUUUUUUUUAUUAUUAUUGGUUAACUUUAAUAUUCAUUCAUUUUCUACCACUUUUUCUCACGAGAGUUGUAGGGGGUGCUGGAGCCUAUCCCAGCUGUCUUCGGGCGAGAGGCGG